GUGCUGGAGGUUCCCUGCGGAGCGAUGACAACCGUGCGUGAGAGAGCCCAGGUCCUGAGUCUCAACCUGAAUCUAGCGGCACUAAGCCCGGCGGUGGCCAGAGCAGCUUUGCCGACUGUUGAUCCGUUCCGAGCGACGCGUAUCUGGUGCAACAUCAUCAUCGCUCUUCAGUCUGAGGUGGAGGUCAAGCGACGUCGACAUAACCUGAAGCGGCACAAUGACUGCUUCCUUGGGUCCGACGCUGUGGAUCUCAUCCUCAGCCACCUUCUGCAGAACAAGUACUUUGAUGCUGAAAUCACUCGGUCAAAGGUGGUGAGACUCUGCCAAGCUCUGAUGGACAACAAGGUGUUUGAAGGCGUCGGCACAAAACUCUUUGGAAAAGUUAAGAAAGAGUCGACUUUUGAGGACAGCAGCUACAGUUUGUACCGGUUUACCGCCCUGCACAAGUGGGUGGACUCUGUGAAAGACAAUGGGAGCACUGGCCUCUCUCCUGGAGCACAACUAACCCCUGGAUACAACAGCUGGGGUAGCAGGCCUGUAGACUUUCCCACAUCAGAUGCUGGCCCUCCUGACAGCUCACUAGCAGAACUGCUUGAUCAUUUGAGUUUGAUGCCUGUAAAUUCUUCUCGAUUUGAAACCUCUCGGCUGCCUCCAACAGUCGUCAGCGAGAUAUGGCAGGAACAAACAAUACUGCGUCUGCUGCAGCUGAUUGAGCUUCCAAUCCUGGACUCGCUGCUGGACAGAAAGGAGCAGCGGCCAAACUCGCAGAACUCCAGCAAUGAUGCGGUUACCAGCAGCUUAUUGGAUCGAGAAAUCCUAAAGGCUUAUGGCGAUUCUCAGGACAGUGAGUGGCUAUCGGCUGCCAUUGGUUUACUGGAGUACCUCCCUGAUGUUACAGUGGUGGAAAUCAGCAGGAACUUUCCGGAACCUUCCUGUGACGUAGACCAGUGCAAAAUGAUGUUCUUUGAUGCCAUUGCUAAACAUUACAGUCAAACCAAAGAACCACUCCUUACCAAUGACCUCUUUGACAUCCACACUGGAGUGACGGAACUGAUUGGUGCGUGUAACUCUAUCCCUGCGUCGUUGCACAAAAUGGUGAGUGAGAAGCUGAUGAACAUUCAGUGUGGUCGUGAUCCAGACCUUAGUUCAGUGCACUCUUUCUGUGAGAGGCUAAGCCAUUCUGCCUGUGAAAGCAACAUGCGAAAAACCACCAGAGACGAACUGUUGUUGCUGCUUAAAACUAUUGAUGAAAACGCUCAGCUGUCUGCUAAAGAGAAAAAGAAGGUCCUUACUCAGUUCAACAGGAGCCAUCCAGCUAUAUUUAUACAGUAUUUCUUUGAUCCAUCGAGAAAACUUUAAUGUUGUCAAUGUAUAUGUGUAUAAUUGUAAAGAGUUUAUUAAAUUAAAUGAAAAUUUUAUAAGAUUGUAUGAAUAAAAUUUCAAGCUUUAUUAAUUUAAUCUGUUUUACUUUCCUCUUUUUAAGCUUUAUUUUAUUCAUCCCAUUGGAAUUUGGUCCAGCAUUUAUAAUGUUCCUUAUUGUGAGGAUUUGUCAAAGGCAACACUGAAGCCGCUGUUCCAAUAUCUUGAAUACUGAACCCAAGUUCUGCAGCAGAAAGGAAUACAGUAAACUUGAUUUGGAGAGACGAGAAAAUGCAGAUGCUGGAAAUCUUGAGCAAAACACAAGUGCUGGAGGAACUCUGAAUCGGGCAGUAUUUGUGGCAGGGGUGGACAGAGGCUGUUUUGUAUUACAAUCCUUAGCUCUCUUCGUAGCUUUUAUCUACAGGGUGACAUAUGAUGACAUAACAGACAUAAUGCUGGAGUAACUCAGCAGAGAACAUGGAUGGGU